GGUGAGCCCCAUGUGGGACAAGAACUAUGCCUGACCUGAUUAUAUCUAUCCCAGUGCUUGACAGGUGAUAAGCGCUUAUCGCUGUAAUAAGUCAGAUACAAAUGUAGCUUUCUGUUCUACAAGAACCUGAAGACCAGCUUGGGCUGAAUGAUAGUGGCAAAUCCUUCCCCCAAUGUGUGGCACUGCCUGUCUAGUCUACACCUCCUCAUUUCAGUUCCAGGGUGAGGACCAGCCUCUAGCCCCCCACAACAGAGCUGAAGAGAUAAGCCUCUAAUUUACCUUCUCCACACCAGGCUCUCCUACCCUGCCCAUUUUCAAAACAUUUCUAAACAAUUGGCUUCAGUGUGGAACAGCUGAACCUGGAAAAGGAACCAAAUGCAGCCCAAAUGAGUCAGUGGUAGAUGACAACACAUGCAUAUUCGUGGAGAAAUGUUCAGUCACGUCUCUCUGAAUUCAGACACAAAACCUGCACACAGGCUGCUCCUUCCCUAGUACUGCUUGUUGGUAUUUAUGAACAUUUGUGAUGUUUAUGCUAUUUACACAGCUUGCAUUUGGAGAAAACAGCAUAGGUUUGGAUCUUGGGAUGAUUUGGGUUUGAGUGCAGUAAGAGCACGCUCUCGCCCCCCAUCACCAAAGCAGCUCAACCCCUUAAUUGCCUUCCAUUUAUGCUUACGUUGUGGAAAGUAUUCUUUUACUAAUGAAGAUAAUUAGGGAUUGAGGCAAGGGUGAGAAAGUUUCUGGAAAAAAAAUAGUUUUGAGUUAACUAGAGCCAGCUAUUGUUGGGGGGAAAAAACCAUACACAACAAACAUGGAGCUAUUUCAGUGCAGUGAUCCAAUUAAGAUGGCUUGUUUUGAGAGUUUCUAUUCAAAUGCUCAGAUAUCUUCCUCUGUCAAGGGACUUUCUAGGGAAUGUGCCUGCUUAUGUUGUAUUGUACUCUCCCAAGCGCUUAGCACGGUGUCCUGCACACAGGAAUGAUCUCUCCUCCAGGUUCUAAACUCCUUGGGAACGCGCGGGCAGCUAUAUCCCAAGCGCUUAGUACAGUGCUCUGCAACCAGUAAAACCCUCGACAAAUACAACUGAUCGAUUCUGCCACCUGAAAGGACCCUCAAUAUCUUCACUUUGGGACGCCGUUCAUCCUCCCUCUCUCCCAAGCCUCCUCUUUAAAGCUCAGACCUCGGUCCAGAUCUGAUGGAUAGAGUAACCCGGUUGAGUCGAAACCCAGUCCCUCUCCUCGCCCCGCAGCAAGGGAGGACGUGCUCAAGCAACAGAGCCGCUUUCCUCCCAAGCCAGCACAGCUGGGUGAGGCUCCUUGAGCUGCACAGCGCCAGCCCUGCCACAAGCAGGGAACUGCAACGCCUAGCUGCCACGCCCGCCCGCCCCGGCUUGCCCUCCCUCACCAGCCAAUCAUCCCAUCAGCCAAUCAUCUUCCGCGCCUCGGGAUUGAGUCGAGCCCUCGACGCGGCCCACACCCUGGGGGCGGUAGGUCGCCGAACUACAUUUCCCGACUUAUCUCAAUUUUCACAAACACUGAAUGGGAUUCCUUCCUCAAACGUGAUCUGCGGUACAAUGGAUCCCUUCCAUGCUUGCAGUAUUCUUCAACAACUUAAAGUACAGUAUGAUGAAGGACAAUUGACAGAUAUCGUAGUAGAAGUGGAUCAUGGGAAAACAUUUUCUUGUCAUAGAAAUGUGCUUGCUGCAAUCAGUCCUUAUUUCAGAUCUAUGUUCACUAGCGGCCUUACGGAGAGCACACAGAAACAAGUACGAAUAGUUGGUGUUGAAGCAGAGUCAAUGAAUUUAGUGUUGAACUACGCGUAUACCUCCAGAGUUAUGCUGACAGAGGCCAAUGUCCAAGCUCUUUUCACCGCAGCUAAUAUUUUCCAGAUCCCCUCUAUUCAGGAUCAGUGUGCUAAAUAUAUGAUCAGUCACUUGGACCCACAAAACUCUAUUGGAGUUUUCAUUUUUGCUGAUCAUUAUGGCCAUCAGGAACUCAAAGAGAGAUCACAAGACUACAUUCGUAAAAAGUUUGUGUGUGUCACCAAAGAACAGGAGUUUCUUCACUUGAGAAAAGACCAACUUAUCAGUAUACUAGACAGUGAUGACUUAAAUGUUGACAAAGAAGAGCAUGUUUAUGACAGCAUUAUCAGGUGGUUUGAACAUGAGCAAAAUAGAAGAGAAGUGCACCUUGCAGAAAUAUUUGCCAAAUGCAUCCGCAUGCCUCUGUUGGAAGAGACCUUUAUAGAGAAAAUCCCUCCCAUGUUUGCACAGGUUCUGGCCAAAAGCUGGGAACCAAAAGGACAGUGUAGUGCCAAUGGCUAUACACAAAGGCUUGGAAUGACUGCUUCUGAAAUGAUCAUAUGCUUUGAUGCUGCCCACAAACACUCAGGAAAGAAGCAAACAGUGCCUUGUCUAGAUGCAGUCAGAGGGAGAGUUUUUAAACUAUGCAAACCACCAAAUGACUUGAGGGAAGUUGGAAUUCUCGUGUCACCCGAUAAUGACAUUUACAUUGCAGGGGGUUACAGGCCAAGCAGCAGUGAAGUCUCCAUAGACCACAGGGCAGAGAGUGACUUCUGGAUGUAUGAUCAUUCUGGCAAUAGAUGGCUACCCAAGGCCCCCCUGUUGCGAGCCAGAAUAGGCUGCAAACUGGUGCAUUGCUGUGGUAAACUCUAUGCAAUAGGUGGCCGGGUUUAUGAAGGAGAUGGGAGGAACCCACUAAAAUCUGUGGAGUGUUAUGAUAGCAGAGAUAACUGUUGGACCGCCGUCAGCCCGAUGCCUGUAGCAAUGGAGUUUCAUAAUGCUGUGGAGUAUAAAGAGAACAUCUAUGUUUUACAGGGAGAAUUUUUCCUCUUCUUUGAUCCUCAAAAGAACUACUGGGGGUUUUUAACCCCUAUGACGGUGCCUAGAAUCCAGGGCUUAGCAGCUGUGUACAAUAAUUCCAUCUACUACAUAGCUGGAACCUGUGGAAAUCAUCAGCGUGUGUUUACCGUAGAGGCCUAUGAUAUUGAGCUAAAUAAAUGGACCCGCAAGAAAGAUUUUCCAUGUGAUCAGUCCAUAAGCCCAUACAUUAAACUUGUACUCCUCGAUAAUAAACUCCAUUUAUUUGUUAGAGCUACUCAAGUGACCGUUGAAGAACAUAUCUUCAGAACCAGCAGAAAGAAUUCGCUUUACCAGUAUGAUGAGAUUGCAGAUGAGUGGAACAAAGUAUAUGAAACUCCAGAUCGGCUCUGGGAUCUUGGCCGGCAUUUUGAAUGUGCUGUUGCUAAAUUGUAUCCACAGUGUCUCCAGAAAGUUCUCUAAUUGGUGACACGCCUUAGGUAUUUCUGUGCUAUCUGAUAUUUGAGGAGACAUGUCUUAGGAUAAAACAAAGAAAAUCUGUCAGUAUAUAAUAUAAGUUGAAAGACAGUCUUGUACAUGGGGAUGGGUGCUCUUAAAGGUUGCAGUGUGGGGGGAGGGAUUACUGAUUUAAUUUUGUAUUUGUGAUGCUUUCCGUUCUGAGAGGGGAAGGUUACAAAGUGCAAUUAUCAGCAUUUUUCUGAUAUUAAAUUCAUGUCAUUCUAGAAGAUUUCUGUGAUUAAAACAACUAAGACUUUAGAAGAACCAAGACAACUAUGCACUACAACAAAAGAAAAUCUAGCAUUACUGGGUAUGAACAUCCAAACUAGUUCGAAGUGACUUUUUUCUUUUUAUUACGGGUAAAAUUUGAGGCAAUAUCACUAGGUUUUUACUUUAGCUGUGACCUAACCAAUAUAGAAGAACACUACAGUAGGUUCUGAUUCUUAAUAUUUAUACCUUUUUGUGUAUGCUGUUUUGAAGUGUACUAAGAUGUUUGUCAUGUAUUUUCAUCCAUUCCAGAAGGUUGGGGAUAAACAUCAAACUAAAGAAGAGCUUUGUUGAUUACCUUUUACAUUUGCCUAUCUGUGGACUUUAAGUUGACCUAAUGAUAGAAACUUGCUAUCUUUCUUGUCUCUCUUUUUUUUUAAAAAAAAAAGCCCAUGAAGGGCUUAAAUCCAAAGCUUGAUUGGUGCUAGUACACUUUAUUUUUUUCCAAAAGUACACUGUAAUACUUGGGGGUCCAGAAUAGCCUUAAAUCGGCUAACUCCACGUUCACAUUUAAAGGUAGCCUGCUAGUUUGAAGUACUUUUUUCAGGAUCCACUCACGGGAAAUCUCUGGGAUUCCAGUGAGUUCUGCAUUUAAAAUAAUAGCAAAAAUGGCCAUUUUAAAUAAAUAUAUUGACUAUUGAGAGCUUUCUACUCUUACGCAUGUGGUUGGUCUUCUAACCAUUUAGUGUGGACUAGCACUUUGGCCUUUCCUCAGUAGAUUGUCAUCUUUUUUCCUAGACUCUUCUCAUCCCUUCGACUCAAAACCCCUUAAUGGGCUUAUCACUAUUCUGCACAGAAGAAAAAUGUGAAUUUCUGCCCAACUAAACUUCUUUUUGAUCCACUUUGCAAAUCAUGAGAAUUCACCCGAUUCUCUGAUGUAAUGAUUUUUAGAUGGAUCCUAGUAAAUUUUUACUUUUAAUUAUUUCUGUGCAUUUAUCAUCUUAAUUUGUUAAUUCAUUUGAUUCUAAGGUUAAUCUGUUCAUCAAGCUGAUUGAAAAGGGGAAAUAUGUUAGAGGAAAACCUUAGGGCCAUUAGCUAUAACGAGUCUAUUCACAGAAAUACUUUUUAGGUUUAGACAUAAAGAAUCAAUCAGGAGUCAUUUGGCCGAUGGAUUUUUUAACACUCUUCUAAGCACAUUAAAGUAAGAAAAGUGAAUAUCAUGAUCACAUAGAUGAUCAUCUAUCAAUCAAAAUAUUUUUAUCAGUAAUGUUUCUAUUGCCUGUAAAGAGCAUUUAAGUGUGUUACAAAAUCCAGUCUUACAAAACAACUGAUUCUCUUCCCUCUUUAUUGAAAGCAAAAUGCUCUGGGUUGUAUAUUAAAUUUUGCACAAAUUGUAACAUGAUACUGUGAAAAAAAAGGAAAAAAAAUACACUGCCUCUUUGCAUCACAUACCUCAUUUUACAGAAACUUUCCAUACUGCUUUUUGGAGAUGUGGUCGUUUGGAAACUAUCUGAAGCAGAAUUUUAAAGUGGAUAGCAUUUGGAGUUUCAUUUUAAAAUGUGGUUUCAGAAAACUGGGUGUGGGGUAUCUUUGCAUUGGUCAAAAUGCUUUUGCUAAUCAAACCUUUUUCUGAAAGUACAUGUUAGCCAAUAUAAUUUUUCAUGUAUUUUUCUUUUCCAAGUUUUCCUUGGCCAUAUAUUCAUAUGGAUGUAGGACUAGCUGCAAGCUUUCUGAAGCACCCUUCCUUACAGUGUUGCGUUUGUGUGUAAAGUCUAUUUUGCAAAAGUGUUAUUGUAAUUUGUUUCAAAUGCUUGGUUGGAUAUUUACACGAUUUCUUGCUGCUUUUUGACAAUCUUCUGUAUUUAUUUAGAAUAAAAUUUCAGCAUUUUACUUGAAAACAUGGUAUAAAAUGUUGUUAGCAAUUGACUUGCCAGAUGUUUUAGAAGUAUAGAAGAUUAUGAUUUAAUUCUACAGUAGAAUUGUUUUGUCAAUCUGCACUAAAGUACAAAUUUUUGUAUCUUUGACCAUUCAAACAGAGGGUAUGAUCCAAGACAGUAGUGUGUUCAAAAAGCUAAAGCCUGAAACUUGCCAUGGAUAUGAAAUAUGUUGAAUCAUAUACAAAUAAUAAUCUAAGGAAUAAUAUAGCUGGGAUAUUUUGACACUUUUAAAUGCUUCAAAAAGGAGCCCUAGAAAAAGAUUGUUGGUAAAAGUUUUGCUUUGUAGUUUGCUUUUUUUUAUUCUUGAAGCAUAUUUGUUUAGUAGAAGAGAAAAUUGAUGAAAUGCUCCAAGGUACUAUAGGAUGAAAAAACAGGACUAACAACCACAAGUGUGGUAUUUUCUCUUCUCAACUUAACUUAGCCUGUUCAUUUUAAUUAACACUCCCCCUCAAGAGUUUGUAUGACCUUUCCUUGUUUGUUCUUCCCAUGAGGAGAAUUAGACUUACUGAAAAUUACCUUAUAAGAAACUGAAAUUGUAACUUUUAUUUUUCCAUCCUUACUGUAUCUGUUCUCUAAAGUUGCCAUUGAGUCACUCAAACUUAUUUCAGUGGUAUAUCAGACCAACAAGGCUGAGACUUAAAAUUUUAGCCUCAAGCAGAUUAAAAAUGGCAUACAAUGUUCAGUGCUCAGGUAUGUAGUAAGAAGUACUGUAGUCCUAUGGGGGCAAACGUGUGGAUUUUAAAAGCAUUUGCCAUACUUGCACAAUUUUGCAUUACCAUGUGAUGUCAUACAUUUCUUAUAAUAAAACCUAUUCUUGUUGAAA